AUGAGUAGGUGGAAUUUCUGCUUAAAAACUCGACGCUUCAAGUUGGUGUUUAACACAGCGUUAUGUCUUGGCGUGGUUUCCCUAAUCUUAUUCACUAUAUCUUCUUCGGGAUACAUGAAUGAACCCCUAAAGGAGGAUUUAGCCAAUAAGUUAGAAAAAUUUCCCGAGUCUGAGAGUGUUACUCCGUUACCGUCGAAGUUUGAUAAUGAUGCGUUAAAGGAGAUAUCACCUCCACCAGCAAAUGAUGACAUCUCGGGUACUUCAAAUGAAAAGGCUAAAGAUAACUCUAAGCAACAGCAAAGUGAUCAUAAUGAAGCUAAAGAGCAGACCGAUCAAGACAAAUAUAACGAGCCAGCUGAAUUGAAUCCAGUUGAGGAAGAGAGCGGAAAGCAGCAAGGUGAGCAAAACGCUGCGCAGGAUGAGACUGAUGACGAAAGACUGCGAAAAGCAAAAAUAUAUUUUGCACAAAUAUUCGAAACUCUUAGAGAGGGCCACCCAAAUUGCGAGAAGAUUUAUAGGGUGAAAGGGAAAAAGGCAGAGGAUGUUGGUGUUGAAACAAUUGGAAAAUCGCCAUCACCGACGGAAGAGUAUCUCCGAAGCAUUAUAAAACUUACGCCAGAACAGUUGCAGAAAAUGAAAAUGGCACACAAUAAAAUGGUUUCAAGGCUUCCCGAUAAGUAUCCGGAGAAUCUCUAUAAAGGUGAUGGUAUCGUGUAUGUUGGUGGAGGUAUUUUCAGUUGGUACUCGUUACUUUCAAUAAGAAAUAUCAGGAGGUUGGGUUGCUCCUUACCAAUUGAGAUUGUCAUUCCUGAUGAGAAGGAGUACGAGCCAGAACUUUGUGACAAGGUUUUCCCUGCAUAUGGUGCACGCUGUGUUUACUUGCCCAAGAUAUUGGAUGACUCCGUGCGGAACAACUUCCUAUUCAAGGGAUAUCAGUAUAAAGUUUUGGCACUUAUGGUUUCAUCCUUUGAAAAUGUUUUGCUUUUGGAUGCAGAUAAUGUUCCAGUUACCUCACCCGAGCCAUUGUUCCGUUCAACUCCUUUCAACGAGACUGGUCUGGUUGUCUGGCCUGACUUCUGGAAACGAACAACAUCUCCCUAUUUGUAUGAUAUAGCAGGAAUCAAGGUGGACAGAAAAACCAGAUUAUCUACUGGGUAUGCCACAUACGGUCAUUUUGAAAAGGAGAACUGUCCUAAAGAUAAGGUACUUUUUCAUCAGUAUAAAGGUGCAUUUCCGGAUCCAUCUUCUGAGUCCGGUCAGCUUCUCAUCUCCAAAAAGAAGCACACCAAGGAUCUUUGGAUAACGCUUUAUUACAACAUGUUUGGUCCAGAUUAUUUCUAUCCAUUACUUUCUCAAGGUGCAGCUGGUGAAGGUGAUAAAGAAACUUUCUUGGCUGGUGCACAUGCACUUAACAGAAAAUACUAUCAGGUUCGCAAGCUUGUGGAAGCUGUCGGAAUGUUCAGAGAUGGAAAGUUUCAUGGAAUCGCUAUGAAGCAGUAUAAUGCGAUAGAUGAUUAUGCCCUAUCGGUUGAAUAUAAAGAUGCAGUUGAUCAGGUCAAAGAGUCACCAAGAUUCAUGUUUUUGCAUAUCAACUUUCCAAAAUUGAAUCCGGCAGCAAUUAAGGCAAGUGGGCUUAUUUACGACAAAAAGACUGGCAAAAGAAAUAGACUUUUCGGUAAAAGCAUUAAUAAUGAGCUUGAUUACGACUUUGAAUUGACGCAGUGGCAGAGCAUGAAAGCGCUAAUAUGUGACAACAAUAUUCAUUUCAUGGCCUUUGAAAAUUUGAAGAUAACUAAAGAUGAGCUCUGUAAAGAUAUCUCAAGUCAGUUGGACUUUCUCAUAGAAACCACAACAACGAAGUAA